UCGGGCCAAUAGUAAUCGUGCGGUGGCUUUGAGAACACGGGUACGGUGUCUCGUUAGUCUCGUCGUGGUGCGUUUCCAGACAUCACGUCGGAGUAAAGAAGGGCGAAGCGAGUAAAGGAGAAAAAGCAACGGAACCGACGUUCGGAAAAAUCGAAACGUUCGUCGUCCGUUCUCGAGGGAAUUUGAAAAACAGACGAGCGGGAAGGUCCGAAACAGGAUCGCCAGCGCCUCGUACUCGUCUAACGCGUCUCUGUUUCCGGUGCUAUCGUGUCCAAACGCCGCGGAGAAGCUGCAACUCUUCUUCGGUACCAGGAUUCCGCAGCGGGAGCCGCGCAAGACGAGCAACGCCAACAACCGGGGCCAGCAACGAGGACGCGGUGCCCGGAACACGUUUGGCGAAGAAACGCGUUAGAGGUAGAUCCGCCGCCAACGGUGGACGGGCAUCCUCGGCGAAGGCGUUCGAAUAGGUCGUCUCAGUGGGUAGGCUUCAUCGUGGGCGAGCAAGAGCAACCGGAAACUCCGCCAUGCCGGCAGGUAUUGGCGCUUCGUACAGGUCGUUAGGCGACCUGGGCGAAGACGUGUACAAAAGCACGACGAUCGUCGACCAGACACAGACCACCGGACAGAGCGUCCUCGAGAGUGUCAAGAAGGCUUUCAGUUUCGCCUCGCCCAAGGUCGAGCUCAGGAAAAAGGACCCGCUGAUCGAGGACCGUCGUGAGAGCGUCUCGAUCGUCUCAAGGGAAAGAAACAGGAUGCCGAGUGCCGCCACAGCCGAGGAAUCAGCACUUUUGGGCACGAUGCCCUCAGAUAGUAUGGACGACAUCGAGUUGAAAAAUAUUCAACUCCAAUUUCCCGCUCUAAGAUAUUUGACGAGAGAUGACAAUUCCGUGCGGGAGGAGAGGGUGGAAACUGACAAAGGAUAUCUGGUGGUGGGUGUACAGGGAAACCGGUCGAAACCUGCCAUACUUACUUAUCACGACUUAGGCCUUAACUAUAUACCGAGCUUCCAGGCAUUCUUCAAUUACAUCGAUAUGCGAGUGUUACUCGAAAACUUUUGCGUUUAUCACGUGAACGCACCAGGUCAAGAGGACGGUGCAUCAACGCUACCCGAAGAUUACGUUUAUCCGUCCAUGGACGAACUGGCAGAGCAGCUGCUCUUCGUCUUGGGCCACUUUGGCCUGAAGUCCGUAAUCGGUUUUGGAGUCGGCGCUGGAGCUAACAUACUAGCCAGAUUCGCGCUCGCUCAUCCCGAGAACGUGAACGCUCUUUGCUUGAUAAACUGCGUAUCGACGCAGGCAGGUUGGAUCGAGUGGGCUUAUCAGAAGAUGAACGUUCGUCACCUGAGAUCGCAGGGCAUGACUCAGGGCGUGCUGGACUACCUAAUGUGGCAUCACUUUGGCAGGGGCACGGAGGACAGAAACCACGACCUCGUUCAGGUGUACAAAAACUACUUCGAGCGUCACGUGAAUCCAACGAACCUGGCGCUAUUAAUCGACAGCUACGUCCGCCGUACCGAUCUCAAUAUCACGAGGGAAUUAGACCCGAUACGUAAAAAGGAAGGUGUUACGCUCGGCGUGCCUGUCAUGAACAUCACCGGAGCUCUUAGCCCGCAUGUCGACGACACCGUGACGUUAAACGGAAGAUUAGAUCCGACGAACAGCUCGUGGAUGAAGAUUUCUGAUUGCGGAAUGGUUCUGGAGGAGCAACCGGGCAAAGUAAGCGAGGCCUUUCGACUGUUUCUGCAGGGCGAAGGAUAUGUGGUGAAAUCCCCGCGGAAGCCCGUGACGCCGACAACACCCGAAGUGGCACCGCUCUCACCACUGAAAAUGGCUGACUACAGACUGGCUUCCCUCGAAGAGCUGAACCAUCUUUGCAUUAAGAAACUCGACCGGCCCACCGCGACUAUACACAUCACCGAGAAUCCCAUAUCGGAGGCGGUCGUUUGCUAAAUUCUCGUUUAUAAAUUUCACCAUUGCCAUUUGAUUGUUCUCGAACGACUUAAAAACGCAAGAACUAAAUGCACCACUCGAGUCGAACGUUGGUUUUCUCCAAGGUUUCGUCGGGGCAACGAUCGACGUGGCACUAACAUUUUAAUUUCUUUCUCAAACUAGCAUUCGCGUUUAAUUUUAAUUUACACGUUAACAUUACUUCUAUCGAAUCGUUCUGACAUUUCUUUUUAUUUAUGAUAACCGUUAAGACCUUCGGAAGAGAUAUUCAUUCCUUUAAAGGUACGAUAUUCUUUCGUAGCAAUUAGUUUAGUAAGUUUCUUUUUUUUUUCUUUUACAUUAAGGAUGCAUCGAGAGUUCUUAACCAUUUCUUUCCAUGUACAAGAAGCGUUUUAUCGAUUGGAUAACGUUCGAUCGAGACCGAAAUAUCUUUUACGAGACUUUUAAACGUUGAGUAAAAUUUUCAUAACACGGAUUCACUUUUAAAACUAAACGUAAAACCUUUUUGCGAUAACUUGACAAUUUUUACAGUUGUUAUCUAUGGGAUCUUUGUUCAGCGGAACAGCGUAUUUUUUUAAAGUUUCAACGAACAUACAAACCACCGUCGCCGACGGACGUUUUAAUAACAAAAUUCGAGAUUAGGGACGUGCAAUUACAAAUUGUCUUCGACGCGUCGAAAAUCCGACAAACAAAACCAUCGCAUUCAUCGAUACGCGCGGUUCUGAUUAUCGUGCUGAACGUCAGAGACAACGAAAAUCAUGAUUUUACAUAAACGCGACUUUUACAAAAAACACAAAGGGAAAAAAAAGAACGGUCUGUGACGUACCUAUACAUUAAACGGAAAGGAGGCCGAGGAUCUCGACCUCGAACGCAACGCGAAACGAAUUUGUUCUUGGAUGAUAUCAACCACAUGGCCUGGUGAUCGAACUGUUCGAUCGAGGAUUCUAAACGAAUAUUAGUAACGAAGAGAAAAAAAAAAAAAACGGUGUUUGCGACGAGACGAACAAUGUUUGGCGGCACUGCAUCGUAGAGAAGCACGCACUAAUGCUUUCCGUGUUCAUAAGAGAAACGAAAAAAAAUGAAAAAAACGAAUAGUAGGUGCAAUUUUAGGGGGUUACGUUCGUGAAAAGACGUCCGCGACUUCGAGCAACGAAUCACGACGAUCGCGCGAUGUCUUUUCGCAAAGAAUUAUCGAACUCGUCCACCAAGAUUCCCCGAGGAUCAACGGGUCUCGAAUUUAUCGAAUUCGUGGGCCCGACCUUUGCUCGCGAUUAAUCGAUGAAUCGACGAGGCACGUUACACGGCGAUGACCGGACACAAAACGUAGACGCAACAGCAAGAUAACAAGGUAGGUAUCGGCAUUAGAUGCGUCAAAGUAUCUUCGAUGACUUCGCUUGUUCGUUAUCCGCAGAAGUUUAACGGUGAAUGCAAAAAAAAAAGAAAAAAAAAAGCCUAAUGCAGCCGGCUGCGACGAGCAGCCAUCCGUGUUCUCUCGAUAAGAAACUUCUCGUAGGCCUGCACGUGUGAUAUGUGCUUCGCGUUAACAGGAGAGGGGGUGGUGGAACUCGUUCGGGGAUAAUCGCGCGUUACCAAGUCCUCGAACGAGCCAAGUCCCCUGUGAAACGUUUCUUCCUCCAGCAACGGGAAGGAACGCUGGUUCAUUUGUUUGCGCUCGCGCACCGUUCGCACCCUUUCCUUAGUUCGAGGCGUUUAGAAAUAAUUAGAGGAGAGAAUACGUGCGUGCGAACCUGUGGGGAGGAGAAAAAGGAGAAACGAAUGUAUGAGAGCAUGCGUCUGCGAGAAUAACGUAGGAACGAGGGUACGUAGAUAGUCGUUAAAAGAAACGAAGAACGCAAAGAUUGUGGAGUAUCUCGGUCCCGUACCUCAAUACUAUUCUACCGGGCUUCUUAAAGCCUUUAGCGUGAUAUGAUAAGACGUGCCUGCUACAUGAUGUCGUACGUAGCUUUCGAAAAUUUCACCGCCUUUAGUUUUCUAUACGAUUCCCGUACGUCCUGGAUUCUCCCUCUUUUCGCGCGUCCUUUAGAACGAAGCGUGCAAUACGCUACAUUCAUGGUAAUAAUCGCCACUAAAUUCCAACCGAGAACUUCUGCGGGACAGAAACGCGCGACGAAAAUUGCUCACCUGCGCCCAUUUGUUCCACAAUUUUGUCCGUGAUAUUUUUUUCCAAAACCACGACUCCAACGUUCCGAUCGGAGAGCCGUCGAAUUUAUUUGAAGCUACGCGUGACGGUAAAAUUUUUGGCAAACGUAGUACGGCAUUUACAACCAUCAAUGGCGUGUACUGUGCACGUCGCGAGAAGACGAUAUCCUUUUUCGGUCAAUGGACAAACAAGAACAAUAAUAACGAUAGCCGAUCGAAGGGAAAAAGGAGAUGCGCGAAAACACGACGAAAGUCAAGCCGAAGGACGUAUCGCGGGACGAAGGAUUAAUCGUUUCAUGUAAAAGAGAGUUUAUAAAAGAGCGAAUAUAUUAUAGAUGUAUACCUAUGACGCGUUAUUUAGACAAUGGCGAAUUGAGACAGACGUAGUCGACAGCUUAGUAUUAGAAAUUUGAGGCCCGAUUCCGGAGGAUUGAAGGGAUGCACGCAUUAAUCAUUGCUAACGCGAGCGCUAUACGAGCAAUGUAGCUUUUAAGGACCACCGACACACCCACCAUUAACCCCUUCGUUUCCACGUCGCUCUUGGUACCGCAUUAUAGAAACAUUCAAGAACGGAUUAGAUCCACAACUUCAAAUCCCGCACGAUUUUCCCAUUAAUUAUAUUUGAUUAAACAUAUCGUGGCGAAGUGUGAUACCAGUAUAUGUAUAUUGUAUAACCGUUAAACGAUCUAAUCGUGAUCUCUAAUCUUUCAUUGAAGAUUUUUCACGGGGACGCAUAUCAUUAAUGCUAAUUUACAAAUUAUGUAUGUUAUAAUUGUUGUGAAAUUAAAAAUUAUUGAGGUUCGAUCCGCGAGUUAUCGGCGUCUACGAUUUAAUUGAGAUGCUAACGGUGAUUGAAUGUCUAUAUAAAGCUCGAACGGGGUGAGAAACCGACGUCGUUAUUGGUUACGAAGGGUUUAAACAAAAAAAAAAUUCAUUUGCACACGA